CGGGCGAGCUGUAUCCUCCGCUGUCUUGUCGGAGAGGGAGGCCGUGGUCGCGGAGGUGCGCAUGCGCGGCCCGCCUUCGCCGGACUCCGAGGAACGCUGAGUGGGACGGGGGCAGGGUCGGAGUAGAGCGGGCGCAGGAUGGACGAGGACGUGCUGACCACUCUGAAGAUCCUCAUCAUCGGCGAGAGUGGGGUGGGCAAGUCCAGCCUGCUCCUGAGGUUCACAGAUGACACCUUCGAUCCAGAGCUUGCAGCAACAAUAGGUGUUGACUUUAAGGUGAAAACUAUUUCAGUGGAUGGAAAUAAGGCUAAACUUGCAAUAUGGGACACAGCUGGUCAAGAAAGGUUCAGAACAUUAACUCCCAGCUAUUACAGAGGUGCACAGGGAGUUAUAUUAGUUUAUGAUGUCACAAGAAGAGACACGUUUGUUAAACUGGAUAAUUGGUUAAAUGAAUUGGAGACAUACUGUACAAGAAAUGACAUAGUAAACAUGCUAGUUGGAAAUAAAAUUGAUAAGGAAAAUCGUGAAGUUGAUAGAAACGAAGGCCUGAAAUUUGCACGCAAGCAUUCUAUGUUGUUUAUAGAGGCAAGCGCAAAAACCUGUGAUGGUGUUCAGUGUGCCUUUGAGGAGCUUGUUGAAAAGAUCAUUCAGACACCUGGACUGUGGGAGAGUGAGAACCAGAACAAAGGAGUCCAGCUGUCACACAGGGGAGAAAGCCACGGAGGAGGAGCCUGUGGCGGUUACUGCUCUGUGCUAUAAACUCUGGGAAUUCCUUCUCUUGCAUAUUUGAUCAGAUAGUGACAUCUUUCUGUAUAUAAACUCUUAACUGCUAUUAGGGACCCUGCAGUUUGCACAUAAUUGUUUUUAUCAUGGCAGUGAGUAUUUGCAAGAAACCCCCUCAUUGGCUUUCCCAGGUGAAAUGUUAUGGUAAGCAUGCACAGUUUGCAGUCUAUAGUAUUUUGGUUUUUGUUUUGUUUUGUUUUGUUAAUGUAACAUAAAAUAGGUGUGCCUUCAUGAGUACAUUUGAUUUUAUGAUUUACAUUUAUCAUGUCAUUUAAGGAAAAACAUCAUCUGUCUAGUAUGUGUUGCUGCAAGUCUGCUUUUUUUUCUUCCUUUUGCUUAAUUACUGAAUUACUUGGUAUGUAGAACUAGAAC